UGUGGCAAUCACAAUGGUCAAAUAGUCCCGUCAACAUCCUGUGAAUUUUGAAGGAAAGCUCCACACUUUUGAAGUUGAAAUUAAAAGAAUUCUAGCAGAUGCCGUGCUAUUGAAACCCAUUAUAACAGAAGCAUGCCAAACCAUAUAAACGAAGACGAAGAGCCUUUUAUUCAACUACACGAAGGCGCUGAAAACAUGAAUGUGAAUUCAGUGAACUUGCCUGACAAUAUUUCGACGAUAAUACACUGCCAUGAUCUCAGGCCUGUCACCUCGAACAAGAAAGCAUGGAAAAAACUGAUCAUUGCUAGUACUUUAUGUUUUAUUUUUGCCGUAGGAGAAGUAGUUGGUAAGUAGUUUUUUAAUAGUAUUAUAUUUUAUAUUUAUAAUUGUGUGUAAUAUAAAAAUCAACAUUUGUUGUAUACAGAUGUAAAUACUUAUAACUUAUUUUAUAGCUGACAAUGCCAUUUGUCGUUUGCGAAUGGCAGGAAUCGCAAGAUUAUAUCAUUUAUAUCUAGAAGUGUUUCCAUAGAAAACCUUAGCCUCAGAAGAUAUGAUAAAACCAAGUUGUAACUAGCUGAAACUAAAACAUGUCUAUAAAAAUAUAAACAAUAGUAGGAAUUUUAGAAUAACAAUGAAAAUGAAACUACCUGUUUUGUAGCCUAUUAGACGUCACAGACAUAGUCCUUUCAAAUUUUCACAGUGUCCUGACUGGAAAGUUUAGGAAUUGUGCGCUGGAUAUAUCAAAAUAUUUGCACAACAAGUAUUGUGCAAUAACCAAAAUUGCACAAUACAAACUUUCCAAAUAAGUUGAAAUGAUUAAAUGAAAUACACUGUCAGACUAUUUUUACAGUUAAUUAACUACAACAUAUAUUAAACUCCACGAUCCAUCAGUACACACAAGGCCAUAUUUCUGGAUUUAGUUUGAUGUAAACUAGGAAACUGUACACAUUUUGAAACAGUUCUGUUUGGUAAUGUAUUACUUUGGAACUUUAUUUACUUACAGUAUGUAUUUGUGAAAGUUAUUUUGACUUCCGUCUUUUAAUUGAAGAUUUUAUAUAUCACAAGUAGUGAUCUUUCCGCUUGGCAACAGAACUAGCUGACAUGUCUGACCUAGCCGGGAUCAUAUAAACUGGUGCUGAAAGAUAGUUUGUCCGAUAUCCAAGUGAUAUUGUAGUUUUCAUAAAAAUGCGAAUUGUGUUUAUAGUGUUUGCACAGGUGAAUGCAGCUGUUUUACAAAUACUUUUUCAUGGGCAUUUGAAGCAGUAUGAAGCAUGCAUUUAUUAACAUCUAUUUUCCUUUACAUCUGGCUGGCCAGACUUGACUGGCCAGGUAAGCAAUAGUGCAGGAUUGGGUGUACUGUUGGUCAUCAGCCAAUGUUUCUAACAAGGGUUGUUCGUCAUUAGAGUAAAAUGAGUGUAAAUGUUAUGAACAACAAAAUAAUAGACAAAUAUUCAAGUUUGUAGGUGGUGAGCUGUAGAUAAAUGUUUUCAUGUCAGUGGUCAGUUAAUGCAAUAUUACAUAAAAUAUGACUGAUCAAUUCAAAUAUAGCAAGUUCUGACAGGGCUUAAAAAAUAGGCGUAUGCGUAUACGGACGUGUAUAGCUUGGCAUGUACGCCAAAAAUUUCUGACAAGUACAAUAGUGUACACUUCCUACAUCAGAGCUGAACCGUUACCGCUUUCUGUUUGCCUUAAAAUUGUCCAGACAAUGAACAAACAUUCACUUCUAACCUUGAUUCUGAAAUAUCUAUAGGUGUAUGUACCACAGAAUACCACAAUACCACAGAAUACCAGUCUUAUUUAUUUCUUAUAUAAAAUUUGAAGGAAAUAUGCUAUGACUGUGAUUAUAUAUUAGUUUUAGUCUUAAUUGACAUAUAAAAACAAAAAAUGUAUAUUUUCUUAAAAAUUCUUAAAAAUAAUCAGGAUUAACAAGAAGUAACAUUCUAUAUUUUUGGUACUUUUUUUCACGUAAUGCCUGUAAAAUCCAAAUGUUUAAAAAUAAGUUCGCAAACCAGCAUAAUUUAUGUUGAUCAAUACUUUUUCUAUGCAACACAACAUUACUACACUGCAGUGGCGUAACGGGAGGGUGUCAGGGUGUCCAGUGACGGGGGGCCCCCGAACUUUAGACCCCCCCGACAAAAAUGACCAUAAAAAAUUUGAUAGACUAAGCACAUUUCUGGGGAAUUGAAUUCAUUGAAUUGAAUUUUUCUUUAGAAAAACCAUUCUCUGGAAAAGGCUAAAUCCGUGGAGAAGCUGAGACGGAUUAAGUACGUUGCGACUGAGGAAAAGGACGAUAUACUAGAAUGAUUUAAUCCCAAUAUCAUUUGGUAUGUCCGGAAAAAAUUUUGGACCCCUAAAAUGGUACACUGACCGAAAUUUUUUUGGCGAGGGGGGAUGGGGGGGGGGGGAGGUCGCCAAAAUUAAAUUGUUCCGAGAAAAAUUUUUGGAGUCUAUUUUUAGUGAAGCAAAGGGGGCCCAAAGUGGCCGAUUGACGGAGGGCCCCCAGCGGUUGCGUUACGCCACUGCUACACUGGAAUCACACAGUGAAAUCAAUUUUAUCACUGAAAAACUGAAUUUUCAAAAUUAUUCAUAAACCUGGUAUUCUUUGGUUAUACCACUGGUAUUCUGUACUGAUUUUAGUGUUUAACUUUCACUAAGUUAAGUUAGCAAUAUCCCACAGUAUUAUCAUACAACAUGACACACCAAAUCCUUGUACAAUUUGAUAAACCAUUGCUUACUUACCUCUGCACUGGUAUUCUGUGGUACAUUGGAGUUUUUCCCACAGAAUAUUCAUUUUAAAAAAAUAAUUAAGUCUAUGAAAUCUUGCCCCAAAACCCCCAGGAAGAAAAAAUAAAUCGAUAGACUAUACUAAAAAAUAUUAAGGAACCAUAUUAUAUACAUUUAUAUAAUAGACAAGAGAUAUGGAACAUGUAAUUUUUUGCGGCAUUCUGUGGUACAUACACCUGUAUAUAUUUAUAAUUAUAACAAUCAAGCAUGAAACAUUGAUCUAGAAACAUUGAGUUCACUGCCUGAAUCCCAGACCGCCAUCUUUGUUUACAUCGUUUAAAUCCAGCAUUUCAAACGCAUUUUUAUACGAGAAUUUUAUACGAAAACUAGUACACAAUUUAAUCGUACGUCAACAUCGAUUAAACAUUCAUCAACUUAGUUCACAGUUUAGCUGUAGAUUCAUUCAAAUCCGAUGAAAAAUUGUGGAGGGGACACACUACAGGAUAUGUGUGUCACUUCGCAGAAGUAACGAAAGCUUGAGUGUAUGCGAUAGCGUCAAAUUUGAAGCAGUCUUAUCUUCAGUGGUCUCAUCUUCAGUGGUCUCAUCUUCAGUGGUCUCACCUUCAGUGGUCUCAUCUUCAGUGGUCUCAUCUUCAGUGGUCUCAUCUUCAGUGGUCUCAUCUUCAGUGAUCUCAUCUUCAGUGGUCUCAUCUUCAGUGGUCUCACCUUCAGUGGUCUCAUCUUCAGUGGUGUCAUCUUCAGUGGUGUCAUCUUCAGUGGUCUCAUCUUCAGUGGUCUCAUCUUCAGUGGUCUCACCUUCAGUGAUCUCAUCUUCAGUGGUCUCAUCUUCAGUGGUGUCAUCUUCAGUGGUCUCAUCUUCAGUGAUCUCAUCUUCAGUGGUGUCAUCUUCAGUGGUGUCAUCUUCAGUGGUCUCAUCUUCAGUGGUCUCAUCUUCAGUGGUCUCACCUUCAGUGGUCUCAUCUUCAGUGGUGUCAUCUUCAGUGGUCUCAUCUUCAGUGGUCUCAUCUUCAGUGGUCUCAUCUUCAGUGGUGUCAUCUUCAGUGGUCUCAUCUUCAGUGGUCUCAUCUUCAGUGGUGUCAUCUUCAGUGAUCUCACCUUCAGUGAUCUCACCUUCAGUGGUCUCAUCUUCAGUGCUCUCAUCUUCAGUGGUCUCACCUUCAGUGGUCUCAUCUUCAGUGGUGUCAUCUUCAGUCGUCUCAUCUUCAGUCGUCUCAUCUUCAGUGGUCUCAUCUUCAGUGGUCUCAUCUUCAGUGGUCUCACCUUCAGUGGUCUCAUCUUCAGUGGUCUCAUCUUCAGUGCUCUCAUCUUCAGUGGUGUCAUCUUCAGUGGUCUCAUCUUCAGUGGUCUCAUCUUCAGUGGUCUCAUCUUCAGUGGUCUCAUCUUCAGUGGUCUCAUCUUCAGUGGUCUCAUCUUCAGUGGUCUCAUCUUCAGUGGUCUCAUCUUCAGUGCUCUCAUCUUCAGUGGUGUCAUCUUCAGUGGUCUCAUCUUCAGUGGUCUCAUCUUCAGUGGUCUCAUCUUCAGUGGUCUCAUCUUCAGUGGUCUCAUCUUCAGUGGUCUCAUCUUCAGUGGUCUCAUCUUCAGUGGUCUCAUCUUCAGUGGUCUCAUCUUCAGUGGUCUCACCUUCAGUGGUCUCAUCUUCAGUGGUCUCAUCUUCAGUGGUCUCAUCUUCAGUGGUCUCAUCUUCAGUGGUCUCAUCUUCAGUGAUCUCACCUUCAGUGAUCUCACCUUCAGUGGUCUCAUCUUCAGUGCUCUCAUCUUCAGUGCUCUCAUCUUCAGUGGUCUCAUCUUCAGUGGUCUCAUCUUCAGUGGUCUCAUCUUCAGUGGUCUCAUCUUUAGUGGUCUCACCUUCAGUGAUCUCAUCUUCAGUGAUCUCACCUUCAGUGGUCUCAUCUUCAGUGGUCUCAUCUUCAGUGCUCUCAUCUUCAGUGGUCUCACCUUCAGUGGUCUCACCUUCAGUGGUCUCAUCUUCAGUGGUCUCAUCUUCAGUGGUCUCAUCUUCAGUGGUCUCAUCUUCAGUGGUCUCAUCUUCAGUGGUCUCACCUUCAGUGGUCUCAUCUUCAGUGGUCUCAUCUUCAGUGGUCUCAUCUUCAGUGGUCUCACCUUUGGCCAGUGUGUAUAUGGUCAAGGACAAUUAAAAUGGUUGCAUGCAACCCACAAUGCUGCAAUAUGAAAGUCGAUAACAAAUUAAUUAGUUUUCAAGUGGACAGUGGGCCACAUGCAAUGUAAUAAUCAAACCAAAUCUAGGGCACAUUGUAAUACAGACUCAAACGGUGUUACAUUCCUGUGGCUAAGAAUUCCAAUUAUUUUAUCGAAGACCCAUCAGUCUCAUGUGGUCAUGGAAGGAUGUCUAAAGCCCUGAUCUAACGAGAAUGAGAGUUGAGAAGCGAGAGUUUGCAUGGAAGUUUUCUCAACUCUCAUGCCCUGGUCAAACAAGAACAUGAGUAGCUUGAGAGUUGACUGGAUAUUACCCCGCGCAAAGCCAAAACUCUCAUCAACUCUCAUCAAAAUUUGAACCAAUUCAGAGUUAAUGAGAUUGCAUGAGACUGAGAGUCGAUGACAGUUCGCGGUCAGACAUGUUAAAUAGGCAUGUUAAAUAGGCGGCCAGCAUAUCUUCAAGAUUACAUACAUUAAGUUUGGUAGCUCUGGGUAUAGAUUUGCUUCAAGCCUGCCUUUCAAAUUGUUUUUUAUUUGGGAUUUAUAAAUAGUGCGCGAAAAUGCGGGCGGGUUGAAUUUUAAGAUCGCCUCGCAGCAGCCCGCCGUAAAAUUUCCCGCCCGCAUUUCCACGCACCCUUUAAUAAUAAAAUCCCAAAUAAAAAUCCCUUUGAGAGGCAAACUUGGAGCAAGUCUAUAGUCUAGUUUAAUAGUACUUUAUAAAUUUAGGAAUUUGGACAUUUAAAUUUAGGAAUUCGAAUAGUUCGACAUUUACAUGUAAAGGCAGGCAGAUAGAGGACCAAAAUUAUGGAAAACUUACCAUAUCGUGGGACAAUUCCAUUUUGCCUUCAUAUUGUGCCCUGAAGGCUAAUAGUACGUUUCUGUAUGUUGGCCGCGUUAAAAUUUCUUGUCGGCUCCUGCCGACACGUUUUUCUUCGAAUUUUGUAUUAAACUCUAUUACAGUUAAAAAAUGUGAAAUUUCUGAUACAUUUCUAAUACAAAUGACUUGCAUCAAUAGAAAGCUAACAAAAAACUACAUAUGAAACAUUUAAAUGGUUAGUUGGGAUUUUCAAGCGGUUUUCGAGUUAUUGCCGUUUCAAAUGUGAAAAAUAAGCCAAAAUCUCGCAAAUUUCCUGGGUACUAGUCUGAAAACACGCAUUCAACAGCUCAUAACUCAAGAAGAACUUGAAAAACCCUGGUAAUCAUUUAAAUGUUUUAUAUGUAGUUUUUUGCAAGCUUGCAAAUGAUGUAAGUCAUUUGUGUUAGAAAUGUAUUUGAAAUUUCACAUUUUUUAACUGUAAUAGAGUUUAAUACAACAUUCGAAGAAAAACGUGUCGGCAGGAGCCCACAAGAAAUUUCAACGCGGCCAACAUACAGAAACGUACUAACUAGCCUUCAGGGCACAAUAUGAAGGCAAAAUGGAAUUGUCCCACGAUAACGUAAGUUUUUUCCUUCUAUCUGCCCGACUAUAACUUAUUAAUUUGGAUGGUAUAGAAGCUUUGUUGAUGUUGCGAUAUUAAUUAUGCAUAUUAGUUAUAUAUAUUAGUUAUGCAUACUAUAUAUUAGUUAUGUGUUGGCAAUCCCUCGAUAUCGAGUAAGAUGUCUACUUGACAGUUUCACAGUUGGUGCUCUCUCCUCCGCAGAGGCUUUAGUUUUCUUAGGAUUUAAUAUUACGAUGAGAAACAUUUCACUACACUUUACAUGGCGGAUCUUGGAACACGAGCGUAGCCGCUGGGGGAAGGAGCGCAGUUCGUGUAUGACUGUGGAGACCAUGCAAUUCUCGAGAAGCAGGAUCGUCGGCAAACUGGGCAUAUAUAUUCUGUUGUUGGGACUAUGCUAGCAGCAUCUUGGCGGCUCUUUCUCGCAGUUCGUAGUCUUUCACGAUGAUCGAUCUUCUGUUCACAGUGCUCUUCACCGGUGUGGGUCACUUGUCUCCACCCAGGUAUAUCGAUGGCUGUUUGUUGAUUUUGUUCCCAGCUUUCAUGAUUGAUGCCGCAUUGUUUCAUAUUAUGCUUCAAACUUGAUCUGCUAAAAUCUAGCAGAUUUCUAAUUAACUAUCUUGGAUUCCUUUACGACAACCAUACAAAAUGCAAAUUAUAAAUUAAACUAUAAAAAUCAUCCAAAUAUCAAAUAUUUAUUGACCUCAUCUUGGAUUGCUAAUUAAAAAUCUGCUAGAUUUUAGCAGAGGUUGGUUAUCGAACACUCCGCCCUCGUAAUCUGAGGUGACGGACAGCAGCACUCGCAGAUCUCAGACGAGAUUGUAUUUCAGCGUCCAGAUCCGUCUUACUUGAAAGGCAGCUGCCAAGAAGUAAAAUGGUCAACUCAGCUAAAGCACUGUUCAUUAACCGAGAUCUUUGGUGGCUGAUGUUCUUGCACGUUGUUCGAACCUCAUAGUUGAAGGCAUCCAUAGCUGCUUGUAGGCCUUGCUCUGUGUGAGAUACUAUUGCGUUAUCAUCGGCAUAUUGAAACUCAAGUAUCGUCAUUUGGAUAACCAGAGUUUUAGCCUUUGGUCGUCGAAGAUUGAAUAGUUUGCCGUCCAAACGAUAGUGUAAAUCUAUGCCCUGCGGUAGCCUUUCACUAAACAGGUGUAGAACGGCAGAGAUAAAGAUUGAGAAGAGACCUGGAGCCAAAACACAUCCUUGCUUGACACCAGUCUUUACUUCAAAGCUCUCAGUUGCUUCGCCAUUAAUAAGAAUUGAUGCAGACAUGUUAUCAUUGCAGCAGUCGCACUAGAUUGAUAAACUUCUCAGGACAUCCGAUCUUCGACAGAACUUUCCACAUGGUUGGCCGGUCUACAGAGUCAAAAGCUUUUCAGAUCUAUAAAAGCUAUAUAAAGGUCCACAUUUUGUAUGCCACACUUUGUGCUUGUAGCCUGCCUAAUAAGUAUUUUUUUUACAUGCGUUUGGCCUUAUUGAAAAGCCCGAAACACUGAACAUUUUAAGAAACAUCCUUGUUCAGAAAUGAACUGAACAGAUCGACAUAUUUCAAAAGUAAAUCUCCUGGGGCCGGUUGUUCGUAGCCCGUUUAGGCUAAACGGUGUAUAUAAGUCGAAAAUAUUUAUCAAGUUUAUACAAUUCAUCAAAUAACCAAACUAAUAAAAAUAUUUCAACUUAAGUAGAACAAUUAUGUGUGCAACUAUAUAUUUAGUGCAUGAGGUUUAAGUUCAGUCAUUUAUAAAAUGUGUGAAUCUGUUAUGUAAUUUUGACUUAUCCACCGUUUAAGCUAAACGGGCUUCGAACAACCGGUCCCUGCUAACACUGUUGGAGAUAGGCCUUCCUUAAAAAGUUAACACUCAUGCAGAGUUGCGUUACCUACUUGUUUCACAUGAUCACAGCAUUGCAGGAAUCCAGUCCGUAUUUUCUGUGUAUAUACUUAGGAUGUAUGUUUUUCAAUUCUCAUUCAUUGUCUGGGAUUUAUCAACUUAAAUUCAGUUCAUUUCAUUAAGGUGGGAUCUAUGCAGGAAGCUUGGCAAUAAUGACAGAUGCAGCACACAUGUUUUCAGAUUUUGGGACAUUUUGCAUAAGUAUGCUUGCUUUGUAUAUUGCAAAGAAACAAGCAAACCAUAAACGAACAUUUGGACUUUACCGUGCAGGUUUGUGACUGUAUAAUUUCUUCUGUGUAAAUGCAAUUUCUUACAUUGUGAAAUAUGAUUGUAGUUAGAGGGCUGUGUUGGCCAUGUUAAUUACCAUGCAUUUAUAUAAAACUGUGUAGGCUUACCAAAUGGAAUGCCGCUAUUAUAAUAUUUGUUGUUGUUAUAAUAUUUACGUUUACUGUAGAUAUAUAAGGCCUGUUUCAAACGUCGCGCUUCUCAUGUGCCGAACGCAUUAAAAACAAUAGAUAAUCAGAUGAAAUGCCUCAUUAUCUAUUGUUUCUAAUGCGUUCGGCACAUGAUAUGCCCCACGUUUGAAAAGGCCUAAGUCAUGAGAACUGUUAAAAUAGCGUACUAAAUACUAGCUAAGAGGGCCAGGCCUAAAAUACUGAAUUGUCAAAUUGUAAUGUGGUGUAGAAUUAUAUGAGAUGGUGGCCUUGGUUGCAAUGCAUGCAUAUUAUAGAACAAUAUAUGAAAAUCUAAAAUUUAAAAUAACAUUGUUGAAUAAACUGCAAUGGUACUUUGGCAGGUAAAUUCCUGGAAGUUAAGAAACACUCCCGAAAUCUAAAAACCUUAGCUAAGACACUAGCCCCACCCCCAUCUUUACCAGACCUUUAGUUUCUAACCCCUAGUCACCACCAUUGCAUGGCAGGCAUAGAUAUCUCAUAUGAGAUAUCUAUGAUGGCAGGGCAUUUCUUUUUGCAAAUAAAAUAUUUUAAUUAUAGCCUUGUCUUUUUUUUACUUCAAAGAAAUUCUUGGUGCAGUACUGUCUGUGCUUGUCAUUUGGUUUUUAACGGCAGUGUUAGUCUAUAUGGCAGCACAUCGGAUCAUGCAGAAAGAAUAUAGCAUUGAUGCAAAUAUAAUGAUUUUCACAGCUUCUUUUGGAGUUUGUGUCAAUGUUGUGUAAGUACAUAUCAAACCAUCAUACCAAAUGUAGUUGAAUGCCUGGUGGGAAGUUUGAAAAUAUUUGCUUUGAAAAUGACUGAAAAUGGACAUCUACCAGUAGUAUAACAGCCGCCCGGUUGUCUCUAAUCAACCAGAGGUGCAAGAAGAACAAAGUAGCCUGAAUUUCAGCUUAUGGGAACCUCAGAUCCGACCAGAAGUAAAUAGCUGAAACUCUUAGAGCAUUAGCGUUGGCUUUCUGUCGCCUAAUCUCUAGACCGAUCUUAAGUUAUCUGUCAUAAUGUACAGUACUAAAUAUGUACUGUAUAAGUUUAGCACCUGGCACAAUGCACUAACGUAUACUGUAUAAGGAACUGUGAAUGUUGAUGCACAUCGGCCUGAAGUCUAAAUAAUUAAAAAAAACUUAUUUCAGGCUGUGGCAUACAAUGCCCACAGUCGGUAUUUAAUCUGUGCAAAGUCACUAGGCUAUAAUCUACGUAUACAGUGCAAACAAAAUGGUUUCUCCCAUUUGGAAGAGAGAUUAAAUAUAUUUCAUUCGAUGUAUUUCAAAACCUUAUCACAGAUUUUCUUUAUCGUUCUUGAUAUAAAAGAUAUUACACUUCAUUUCAAACAAAAUCAUUAUUUGUCGGAUAUGCGUGACGUCACAGCCUAAGUUGCUGUUAGCUACAGUUAGUGUUAACGUCAACCAAUCAAAAUCUUGUGUUUUAGAGUUAACUACUAUUUAACUGCAAAAUAGUGGUUAAAACGUAGUUAAGAGUUUUAUACAACCGGCCCCAGGAUAACAUUAUUUUGUACCUUAAGCACAAUUCUCGGGUCAUUUUAAUGCUAUAAACCUAAUUAUUUUACUACUGGCUGUUUUAAAUUAAAGCACAAGCUAUGUAUGAGCCUUUAUUUAUGUUUAUUUAUGACAAUAUUUAAAUAGGAAACUCUCUCACGUAAAGUGAUUUUCAGAGAGGUCCUAUAUUUAAAAAUAUACAUAUAUAAAUAUGAGUCAUAAAAACCAAAUCCAUCACAUUACAAUAAGGUUAACGUUAAAAAUCAAUAAAAGUAUGCCUAGUGUUUAAAUUACAAGUAAGACUAAGAGCUGUGAGCUAUCUACAACAAUAAAAAUAGUAACUAAAUAGAAUUCAAAGAGUAUAUAUACGUCAGCAUGCUAUGAGUGUUAUAAUUCAGCACUAGUGAGUUUUAAAAUAGUUCAUUUUGAACUUAGCAAUCGAGUCUGAAUGUCUAGUCUCUUCGUCAAGAGUGUUCCAAUCGUUUACUGCAUGGUACUCGAGCCUUUGCUUGCCCCAAUUUCGUUUAACUUUAGGCAAGCAUAAAUUGUUCUUAUUUCUAGUGUUAUAGGAAUGAAGUUCGCUUAGCGAUUUCAAGAUUAGCUUAGACAUAGAUAGCCCAUUCAAACAUUUAAAAAUGAAUAAACAUCUAUGAUAAAAUCGACGUUGGUGAAGCCUGUUCCAUCCUAACUCAUCCAGCGCAGCACUAGACGAAGAAAGUGGGUGAUAGUCAAGGAUGAUUUUUGCUGCUUUGUUUUGGAGAAUUUGUAAAUUGCCCACUAAUAUUGUGUUUCAGUUUUAAAACGUUUGCCCAGGUUGUGACGUCGUUUAAUUAGAUGUAAUUAUGAAACAAGAUGGAGGAUGGCAGGAUGUUUUGGUUGCAAAUAUCUCAGAAAUUAGAUAGAAUUUGUAAAUAAUCCUAACAUUCUUUGAAAUUAGGCAAACAUAAUAUUUGUUGCCAUUUUCCUUUUAACCAUGCUUUGCUGUGACAUAUUUGUGAUUUUUUCUAGCUUGGGCUGCAUCCUCCAUGAAUCUGGUGUCGGACAUUCCCACGGUGGUAUGCAUUCUCAUCAUCAUUCCACAGAUGAGAGAAACAUUAAUGUCAGAGCAGCUUUCAUUCAUGUUAUUGGGGACACUGUACAAAGUAUUGGUGUACUUAUUGCUGCGCUUGUCAUUAAAUUUAAGGUAAUGGACUAUAUAAUGCUAACAUCAAACUUAUUGCUCUGGGGCCGGUUGUUCGAAAGCUCGUUAGCUUAAUCUUAAGUUAUAACGAAAAACGUCAAAGCAAUCUUCCCGACAGCUUGUCUGGAUCAACAGGAGUUUUCUUUUCUGAAGUUUUGAAAUACCUGUAAACAGACAAUAAUUUUACAACCUUGAAAGGAUUGGGAGGCUAUAAUUGGUAUACCAAACACUGGCUAAAUAAAAGUUAGACCAUGCCAAGAAUGUAGAAUUAGAAUAUUUAGUUAACCUUCGACUUUCAGUUUGUACAAGGUGUUUGAUAUUCAAAUUGUUCUUUUCCUACCUCCUGAACAGGUGUCGUAGGCAUAGAUAUCUUAUAUACACUAGAUAGUGCAUCUAAUUAUUCUGCAAUUCAAAUAUUGAAGCCGUGAUUGCAGUCUCAGGUCGUUCCCAUGAAAUGAGAAGAUUGGUAUUUUUUCUAUUUCUAAAACAGGGAACUUAAACAUUAAGUUAAUCCUAUUCCAAAUACAUUUUAAAACUAUUCAAAUGAUGAAAGUUAUUGUUGUUUUUAAGCGUUUAUUAGCAAGUGGGAACGACCAACAUGGCCGCCAUCUAUUCAAAUGGGGGUAACCGCUGGAAAAUUCUUGGCUUCAAUUUUACUAAAAGAGAUGCGCUAUCUAGUGUAUAUAAGAUAUCUAUGGUCUUAGGGAAUGUUUACAUGUUAGAAGGCGGGGUCAUUUUGAUGUAUUGAAAUACGUCACUAGGCUGAACGAAAGUUCAAAUGCUGGUUAUUAACAGAACUCAAAUGUUGUAUAGAGAAGAUCUUGUAGUUUAAGAAGAUUACUAUUGCUGCUUGAACAACCUUUCGUUACAGUUACAACUAUAAUGUAUCUAGAAAAUAAUGUAGCUUUUUGCUGAAUUGUGCACCAUGACUUAUUUCAAUACAUCAAAAUAAUCCCAUCUCACAUCUCGUCCUGGCAAAGCGGAUCAUAUAAACAGCUCCUUAUUCAGUAAAUUGUGCAUGCUGCCUUUGAUUUCUUGGGGGUGAGGCAGCAAUUUCCUUGCGAUAGUAACUUCUAGUUUAGUUGUGUUUAGUUUAGCACUUUUUUAUUUUUUUUCAAUUUUAAAAUUACUUGUAUUAUCUCGGUUAAUCUGGGUUGGCAGCGCCCAUUAUGAACGGUUGUAAAUUAGUACAGUUUAUCCGGAGAUACAUUUUACAUGAUAAAAUUGCUUGGGCGCUUUCUCAACAUAUGCAACACCCUACCUUAACCCUAACCAGGGUCGCCGAGAGUUUGAUGGGGGCCGGCGCAAAACUUUUCCAGGGAGGCCUACCACGUCAUAAAAUUUUCCAAGGAGCCCCUUUGACGUCAUAAUUGUUAGAUUUACACUAUAUUACGUUUUAUUGCGUAUUAUUCGGCACUGAAGAUUUAUAUUUUUGGUUAAGCAAUCUGGUAUCAAGAAAUUUUAGGGGCUUCCCUUUUGAUGUCCCUUUUGAGCUGGGGCCCUGGGAAAAAUGCUCCUGCCCUCGGCAUUGAACCUAACAUUAACCCUAAAGCCUUUUUUAACACUAUCAAAGUUUCUGUUAUCACAGUAGGUUUUGUUUGUAAGAAAUGUUUGAGAGAAAACUGACUCGGUGUCUGACUUAGUGUUAUAACUGAUUGCAAAGCCAUGCAAUUGCACUUUAACACGUAUAACAAAUCUUGAUUUUCUUUUCUUACAGCCUGGAUGGGCAAUUGCAGAUCCAAUAUGUACAUUUCUGUUCUCCUUCUUGGUUUUGCUAACUACAGUCAAUAUUUUACGAGAUGCUCUGCAUAUUUUAUGCGAAGGUAAACUGAAGUGCCACUAACCACAAACAUGCAUAUUUUUGGUAUAUUAACAUUUCUGUAGCGCAAAUUUAUAUGUGGAUAUGAUCAAAUACGCUUUACAUCAAGUAUUAUUUAUUGAAAAUAAUUCAAGAGUUUUGAUUGGCUAAGAGCUGUCAUAUCCGCUCGGUAGCUGCCCAAAUUUGGAGUUAUGACAUUACCGUGGAAUACUGAAAACAAAUAUACACGUUUGACAUAAUUUCGUGGUAUAUUGAAAAACAGUGUAACACGCUAUGACGUCACGCUAAUUUAUGCAGUUAAUGCCAAAAGCGGGAAAAUACAAAUGGCUUCCUCAAAGGAAAGAUUCACCGACUUUGGGGAAGCGAAAUUAAAAAAUUGCUCUAAGAAAAAGACUAAAAAAAAACACAAAAAAGCUACAAAGGAAGAAAAGUGAUCUUUGAAGAGUAUCUACGAGAAAAGAAGCUUGGUCAUCACAUUAUAUUAUUGUUAUUCCACUUUCAGCAGCUUGGCGUCUUCUUGAGUCCGAAAUAUUUACAAAUAUAUAAUAAAACAAUGAUUGGAUUCGGUUCUCGCAGGAUAUGAGGAAUUAUUAAGGCCUCGGAUUGUGAUAUCAGCCUUUGGCUUCGGCAGAUAUCACAAACCUCGGCCUUAAUAAUUCCUCAUAUCCUAGUCGACCUCAUUCAAUAAUUGUUUAUUAUGCUCACCUAAUUUCAUACUUAGCCUAGACUGUUUUAUCUUUUACAACAAUUAUGAUAUUACUCUCUUAACUGUGUUUAUCCUAACCCACCCUGUCAACUUUCCCUGUGGAGGCCGGAGCACCUGGAGAAAUCCACGACUUUCGGCAGAGCGUUGGUCAUUCUGAGAAGAAAUGUAAUAUAUCUUUCUAGUAAAAAAACAAAGGAAAAACUAUGUACAAUUGAUCUAAUGACAUCGUAUCCGGCAACAUUGCCAACGAAACAGUUGAUCAAGAUGAGGCUUUUAGUAUAAAAAAUAUUUUUCUGCAUCUAGGCGCACCCAAAUCGAUGGAAUAUUCUAAAGUAAAAACAAUGUUAAAAGAUGCACCUGGAGUUAUGAUGGUUCAUAGUUUACAUAUUUGGUCUCUGAAUGUGGAUAAGCACUGCUUGACCGCACAUUUAGCCAUUGGUGAGAAUAUUUGCACUUUUAUCUUCUUAUAUUAUGAAUUUGAUUAUUUAUAUGCGAUAUAUCAAAGAUGAGGAACGAGUUCCACUAUCAAGUCUAACGUUUCGCAAUUUCGUCCUCCGAUAUUUAAACGCUGAUACUGCAUGUGUUGUCCCUUAAGUUUGUUUUUGGUUCAUGAAUGAAUAAUUCGAUAUUACAAAUUCAUCGCCAGAUCUGCGCACAAGACAAAAAGUGCUGAGCACACUGGUUAUAUCAUAGUUAAUAGAAUAGAUGGUUUGGAAACUCCUUAUCUAUAUGUUAAUCAACUUUUAUUCAUAAAUUCGGUCCUUCGAUAUCACGUGCGUAUUGUAUUUUUGCCCAACUAACCAAUAGCAAUGUUUUAGGAAAGUUACUUAUCUGUGACUCGAACAAUAGGGUAAAUUGGAAAUUGCCAUUGGUGGAUUUGGCAAAAAUACAAUACACAAGUGACUAUGAAGGACCAUAUUUAUGAAUAAACGUUGACUAACAUAGAUAAUGAGUUAUAUUGUUAUUCUAAUGAGUUUCCAAACCCAUCUAUUCUAUUAACUGUGGUUAUAUUAGCGACAAAGAUUUGCGAUAUCACUCAUUUACAUUACAAGGGCAAAUACCAACUUAAAAUGAACAUAGUUAUAAACAACCAAUCGCGAAUCUUGUUAAUUUUCAGUAAGCUUGUGGCGACCCCAAACAGAAUAGGGGACAGUAGUGCAACAUUGCAGCUUAAUUGGUUUGUGAUGUAGCUAUUACAUGUUUUAGAGUAGUUCUACAGUGUAGCAUGUUUUUAUUUUCUAGAUUCAACUGUUGAUUCCCAAGAGUCCCUUCAGCAUGCAUUACAGACAUUGAAAAAAAAUUUCCGAUUUUUUCACACCACACUUCAAGUGGAAACAUACCAACCAGCGAUUAUGUCAUCUUGUCCAGACUGCUUAGCACUAAAUGUACCAAUUAAUUCUUAAUCAUAGCUAUGCCCGGUUAAUUUCAGGGACCUAAUUUAACUCCCAGGGGCCGGUUGUAUAAAAUUAGGGAGCUUAAAGGCACAGUUCAGCCUUUUGAACGAUGGUUUUUAAGGCGCAUUUCAGCCCUUUUAAUUGAAAAAACUAACUAGGAAAAUCAAUUAAGCAUAAUUCAAGAUCACCAAACUCAAUGUUUUUAACAUUUUAAAACAUUUUUAUUGUUAAAAACAUCCAGUUUAUUGAUUUUGAAUUAUACUUAAUUGAUUUUCCUAGUUAGUUUUGUCAAUUAAAAGGGCUGAAAUGCGCCUUAAAAACCAUCGUUCAAAAGGCUGAACUGUGCCUUUAAGAUGCACCAAAUCUGCGACGCGGACGCGACUAAAAAAAACAGUCGCUAAUAAUUGGAGACUAGUUUUACUUUGUUUUUUCUCGUGUCCCUGGCUUUGUUUACCAACAACAAUCCAUAGUUUUUUACCCGUGAAGUGAAACGAACUGUGUUAAUAGCGGCAGUUUUUCGCCACGUCCGCGUCGUAGAUUUGGUGAAUCUUAAGCCCCGUUUACACUACGCUCAAUUUUUGGUACGGCAUGGAUAAAUUGGUACCCGUACCACUUUGUUUUCACUACCUAUUUAGGUAGUCCAAGAACCAAAAAAGUGGUACGGUACCAAAAAUCGAGCGUAGUGUAAACGGGGCUUUAAGCUUCCUAAUAGACAGAUUAAGAUAGAGGACGCGGACGUCAAAGACGAUGUGAAAAUGGCGUGUUGUGCCCAUGUAUGGAUAUGCCACGCCAUUUUCACGUCGUCUUUGACGUCCGCGUCCUCGAUCUAAAGCCGGUUUUCCACUAGCGAUUUUUUUCGCGCGAAGCGACAUUUUGCUAUUGUUUUAGAGCUCUCAGCUGCAACCAUCUGGAACAAAUUGCCCAAAGACAAAGGAAUAAAUUCGCUUCGCGCGAAAUCCGCGAAAGUGGAAAACCGGCUUAAAUCUGUCUAUUAACUCUCAAAUACGCGCUUCUUAUUGGAUGACAUUUCCACUAACUAUAGUUAACUUUAAUCACUUUUUAUUCAACCGGCUCCAGCAGAGUUAUUUUAAACCAAAUUCAACUCCAAAUGUGGAAUAAAAUUGGGUUCAAAAUAACACCAAUGGAGUUAAAUUAACUCCCUGAAAUUAACAGUGCUUCAACAUAUAGAAGCAUUUUAAAUUUGUUAUAGAAAUAAAGGAAUGAGCUUGGAAAUGUCAUCGUCGCACCGGGCCUGUUGUGCUAAGGCUGGAUCAUGCUAUUGAAUAUUGACCGGAUGGUAAUUAUUUACGCCUAUAUAGCCCAUAGAUAUCUUAUAUACACUAGAUAGCGCGUCUCUUUUAGUAAAAUUGAAGCCAAGAAUAUUCCAGCGGUUACCCCCAUUUGAAUAGAUGGCGGCCAUGUUGGUCGUUCCCACUCGCUAAUAAACGCUUAAAAACAACAAUAACUUUCAUCAUUUGAAUACUUUAAAAAUGUAUUUGGAAUAGGAUUAACUUAAUAUUCAAGUUCCCUGUUUAAGAAAUAGGAAAUAUACGAAUCUUCUCUCAUUUCAUGGGAACGACCUGAGACUGCAAUCACGGCUUCAAUUUUUGAAUUGCAGAAUAAUUAGAUGCACUAUCUAGUGUAUAUAAGAUAUAUAUAAUAUAGCCUGGUUCACACUAGAGAUUUUGUAGGCGAUUUUCUCUUCCAUGACAGAUGCGAAUAAAUGAACUCGCACACUUAAAGUAUAGAAUCACAAUAUAAUCGUUUAAAUUCCCCUAUUUUUGUAGAAAAUAAAUUUAAAGUUACACAGUGUUUAAAGGAACAAUUUUAAUCUAUAAUUUAAAUCAUAAACAGCUUUUUAAAUUUAAUAAUUAAAGUUCUAGAAAAUUGUAAAACCAAUACAAUAUGUGAAUUUAAAGAGCACAUGAAGCGAAA